AUGACAAACGGCGUUCGACCUUGGUCUACCGCAGGAAUUGAGAAAAAAGCAGCAAAGGGUGGAUACAAGAAAGGAACAAUCGAGUAUGACAAUUUUGUUCAAACGAAUCUUGCAAAAGCCUAUAACAGCUUCAAAGUUCCAACGAUUGCAGGAUAUGUGAUCUUAGGUGGUUUCGGUUUGCUUGUUUUGGCAGUUGGUCUUUAUAGGUUGAUUUGCUUCCUGGCAAACAGGAGGAGAAAUGGAUUACCGUCAAAGAAAACAAAGCUGGAAAACGUCAUCCAAAAAAGUGUUACGAAGAAACCAUUUGUGGGAGAAAGACAUGCACAAGAAUAUGGAAAAGGGCUAUUCACCUUUCGGUCACCAUUACGAAUUCAUGUGAUCGUCCUUUUCUUCUUGUUUCUCGCAAACAUCAUUCCACUUACCGCAUUCUACCAAAUUUUGGACCCGGCAAAAAAUACAAGUUGGCCAAACAAUCGAUAUGCAGCUCAAAGCAGGUACUUUGCUGAUCGAUCAAGUGUAUUGGCAGUUGCACAACUUCCAAUCUUGUUCUUAUUGAGUGGUCGAAAUAGUCCAGUUGUCUUUGUGACAGGCUGUUCGUUCAACACACUCAUGCUUUAUCAUCGUUGGAUCGGUCGAUUGGUGGCAGUGUUGGCUUUACUUCAUGGUAUUGCCUACACAGCUUAUCUUGUCAAUUUGGGAAAGUACACACAAUAUUGGUGGAAAUAUAAUUGGUUCCCUUUGGGUCCAGUGGCAUUGAUUAUGUUCGUCUUUAUCAUCUUUACGGCACAUAGACCGGUCAUACGUAAAUAUGCUUACGAUGUCUUUAUCGCUGUGCACGUUUUGCUAGUAAUUGCCGCAAUUGCUACUUUGCAUUGGCAUGUUUAUUUGAUGGACAGUGCAAGUUGUCACGAUUUCAUUAUCUGGAUUUAUGUCGCAAUCGCCUUUUGGGCAUUCGAUCGAGCGGUAAGACUGCUUCGGCUAGUACUAUUCAGCUUUGACGUUCGGUUGAAAACAAAACAACGUUGGUCUGUUGGUAAGGUGGAACGCUUUGACAACAUCAACGUUUUGCGAAUCACAGUUGACCUGCCCGCACCCUCUUCUGCCUUGCACACUUCUGUCGCAUAUGCUGGCUCUCACUUUUACCUCUACAUGCCACAAAUCCAAGCAUUGACGUCACACCCUUUUUCGCUUGUGCAACAUCGGAUCACACAAGAUGAACAAGGUCAAUGCAAGGACCAGCUAGUAUUCUGCGCUUCCAUCCACAAAGGCAUCACGAGAGUAUUGAACGCUAAAUGGCAAAACAAAACCUUACCAAUCUUCCUUGAUGGACCUUAUGGCGUCAGACAUAACAUUUUAUCAUUCGAUGAUGUAUUCUUAUUUGCUGCGGGUAUUGGUAUCACACAUAUCCUUUCUUUGCUCGAUGGGGUUGUUGAGCCAAAUCCAACGAGAAGCAAAAACGUUCACCUUGUAUGGUGUAUCCGAUCGAUCGAAAUGAUGGCCGUUGCAAUUGAAGUCUUGGAGGAUGUUAAAGCAAGGUUGAAGGUAGGGGAAGCGCUCCAGCAUGUGAGUAUUUCCGUCUUCGUCACUGGUCAAGGCACCAUUCCAUUGCCUGUGUUGGAUAACGAGAAAAGAUCUUCUCCAUUGGACGAAAAGGCAGUCACGCCAUCAGGAGAUAUGACGAUCACCUAUGCAGGUACUACCUUAACAUCAAAUGAUGCAAUCAUGGCAAAGUCGAAUAAUACUUGCAUACACGAAGGGAAAGAAGGAUUGAAUUCUGAGAAUGAUCUAUUUGCAAGAUUGCAAAGAAUAGCAGGAUCUCAUCCUUCCUCUCAAUUUGAACUUACGAUCAAUCAAAGAAGAGCAGAUAUUCAACAAAUCAUAAGUGAACAAGUUACUGGACAAUCGGCUGUAUUUGCUUGUGGAAGUGAUGUAUUUUUGGAUCAAAUCAGAAAUGCGUCUUUGCAAGUUGAUGCAAGUUAUUUCGAAGAGCCAUUCAGUUGGUGA